AUGCAAUUGGAUGAACUAUUAAAACAGCAGGAGGAGAUAAGUAAUCUAUUAGAUACAUUGAUUCUUGUACAUAAGAAUGCUCUCAUAGAUGAUACCAAAUCUUCUAUCUCAAUAACUAACUUACGAAAAGAUAUAGCAAUAUGUUUUAAUGAUAUUUACAAAUUGAAUGAUAUGUUGAUAUCAUUCGAUGGUGAAAGUAAAGAGACAAUCUCAUUCCUAACUAGUAAUAAAGAUAAAUUCAUCAAAUUAAUAAAUCAGGAAACUGAAUUGUUAGAAGAACAAAAACACUGGUCAGAAAAUAUGGAUAAAAUUAUAGGAUUAUCUUCGUCACAGGAAAAACCAUCAUCCCAUGAUGCUGAGGUGUAUAUAGAUGAAUUGACAAGAAUCUCGAUUACAUCAAGUUAUAGAUCAAUAUUGAAUCAAUAUAUUGAAUUGGUUGGUAUUACAAAUACAUCGUUAGCAUCCGAGCAAAACGAAGUUUCUUCUUCUUCUUCAAGCGUUCCCUUAUCUAGAGAUGAUCUGUUUAAAUCUAUGGAAUUAUUACAGGCAACAAAGGAAACAAAUUUGAAAGAAAUUAAACAACUUGAAUCGUUAUUAAAAAACUUCAGAAAAGAUCAGACACUCAUCGAAAAUGAACUGAAAAGACAACGUGCCAAGAUUCAAAAUGAAAAGUUAAGAAUCCAAUUGGAAUUAAAUAAAUUAAACACAAGGAAAAGUAAAUUAAUAUCCAGCUGUGGGUAUAAUGAUAAAGGUAGUCAUCAACACCAAUCCGAUACUCUUACCCACAAAUUAUUGAAUUUCUCCUUGGAAAACAGAGAUCACGUUACAUUAGAAGAAGAUCGUAUCAAAAUCAAAGAAACAAAUAGUCGUUUUUUGCAAUUUAUAGAUGUGAAAAUAGAAUCUCUACGAGAUCAAUUAGCCCAUAGAAAGGAUAAUAGCUCAACUUUGUUGAACCAAAAAAAUAUAUGGUACGAUUGUAUUGAUAUCUUAUCUGAUUUAGAAAAUUCUUUAGUAGAAAUAAUAAAUACUAACCCAAUGAAUAAAAUCAGUUCACGGAAGAUGGUAGAAGAGAUCAAUACAACGAUAGAAUACCUUAGUGCCGUUUUAAAGUCACUUCCCUCAAAUGAGAAUGACAAAUUGAAAACUUUAUUAGAAAAUGAGCGCAGUGUUUUGCAAAAAGCAUAUGAUGAACUUUAUAAACCUUCAAGAGAGUUGUUAUCCCAAGAUCAUCUUCCAUCAUUAAUGGAAAAUUCCCAUUCAGAUGAAGAACAGAAAAAUAUCAGCCCCAUAACAACCCCUCCAUUCGUCGUAGCCAGUAAAUCACCACCAAAAAUAGGCACUUUCAAGCAAGACGUCCAAACUGUCUCACAACCAACGAAGGAGGACUAA